AGACCCUGUAUAAAAAAACACGCACACAUGACACAACGCAGCAGUAGCCCUAAAAACAAAAUCAAUGGGGGAGGUGCUUUGGUGCCGUAUAUGUGAAACAAAUCGCAAAGCUUCGCAGCAUAACGACUUCGUAUUUUGUGAUGUCUGUGGUCUCGUCUUCCGUGAAUAUGAUUUCUCCCCCGAAUCGCCGCCCAUACAACACCCCGUCCGCACUCUCGCUCACGAACUAGGUAUUUCCGACCACUACGCAAUUGGGGAUGCGAUUGUAUGUUUUGAUGAAGCUUUUCCUUGUUUGAGAUCUUGUGGAGUAGAUGCAGCUGUUUGCUUGUACAUCGGUUGUCGCGCCAACCAAGUUCCUGUUAUGUUGUUGGACUUUUCGGUGAAGAUGUGUGUGAGUGUGUAUUAUUUGGGGGUUCGUUUUCUAGAUGUUUGUGAGUUGUUGAGUAUUACGAUUGAUGGUUUUAGGCCGCCUCAGAUUGAUGAUCCGCUUUUCAUGAUUAAUCGGUUUAUGUUAUCUGAGAAGAAUAAAAGAGAUUUCGGUGUCCAGUUGACUGCGUUGCGGAUUUUGGCGGCUAUGAAGACGGAUUAUGUGGGAGGGAGGAAUAGACUUGGGGGAUUGUGUGCUGCUGCUGUGUAUAUGGCUGGAGGAUAUGACAGCUUGGAUGUUGAUGAUGUUGUUCCUGCCGUGGAAGCUGUAUUGAGUCCUUUAGAGUUGGUUGAGUUUGACAGCUUGGCUAGUGAGUUUAGAAGCGUUGCUAAGGAGUAUAAAGAUCGUUAUGGCAAAGAAUGUAUGAUGGGGAAUGUGGAAGAUCUUUGUCCACAUAAUAAUGUUGACAAGUUUUGUCGAGUUUGUUAUAAUAGGUUUGUGAGGCUUUCUGAAUACUUUAGUAAUGGGGGAUCGGAUGCUCCCACUUUUUUGGAAAACAAUGCUAGUGAGAAGAGGCUGAGUUCACUUAUCAAUUUUGAUGCACUGCGUCAAGUCUUUGGAGAUGAUGUAGCUGAGAGUACAAAUGCGCGAAGUCAGGAGUCCAACGACACUAGUAAUGCCAUGGAACAAGGACAAGCUAGAGAAGAAAAUUGCGGUGAUGCUCAGGGAAGAGAAGGUUCGGCUAACAAGAAUGACCAGAGCGAAGAAGUUUUAGCGAAUAAAGUGAGGAGACGAUUUGCUCAACCAAAAAGAAGAAGAUUAGGCUUGCAAACAUGAUCAGCCGAUCAGGUAGGAGAUGAUCUGAUCAACGAUAUCAUGAAUUGAACUUAUCUAAAAAACUUGAAUAAGCUCCACUAAAUUAUUAAACUAAAAAAUCUUGUUCUUUAAGAACUCCAAAGCCAUAUCUAAUGGCUUGUUAAAUUUAAAUAAAUGAAGCUGCAGGUGAAUUAUGCAAAUGAUGCAGCCUAUUUUCUAGA